CUAUCGACUAUCGACACGCGUGCACGUCAACACUGUUUGUUUACACCGAGUCACAACAAAAAUAUUAUUUUAUCAUUUAGCGCUCAGCCGUUUUCGAGACAGUGACGAAGAAAUAAUUGUGAUGAGUGUUUGACAAAAAUGGAUAACAUUUGCUUUAAUUCUCCUGCCCAUAAGGGUGUUAGCAGCCUUGAAGGAAUGUACACAGACUUCGACGGAUGGGUGACCAGAUUCAACUCGUGUUACAAAAGAUCACCAGAAAUGCGAACGGUUUCCCGCCAAAAAGAUUCAAGACGUCACGAUGACAUCGACCUCUAUGAAAGAGAUUAUUUUUUAAACAACUUGCUGCUAAGGCAAAGGCACUUACGGCGGUCAGCCAGACGGCAAUGUUUUAAUUUUUUUAAAGAAAACGAUGGAUUUAUAUCCUACGAUCAUGUUUAUUAUAGACUUAUGAACAAAAAUGGUGAUAAAAGAAUUAUAUUUCAAUAUAUUCAGUCUAAAUUGUAGUUUAAGCCGUAUGUGAUAUGUUAUCAGCAGAUUUAAGACUUUAUCUUUAGGGUGACAGGGUUCAGAAUUCUACAAACUAUGUAGAUUAUAUUUUUGCACUUUGAACGAAAUAAAAUUAUCGCUCUCUUUUACUAAUGUAAGUAAAAGGAAAGAGAUAGCAAGACUGCCAUACAACUGCCAUGUAUCAAGGCUCAAUCGAACAAAUUGUCUUUUUUUAAUUUUCGAAUUUCUGAAUAUUUUUAUGAAUACGAUAUAUUUACUCGAUAAACAUUUUGAUAAAAAUGUUGAAUCUAUUGACAAAAUCAAUUUUGAUGUAAGUAAAGCCUAGUGUUGCUAGCCGCGACAUUGACAACAAAAAAAAAGUAACAAAUCGCUCAAGUUAUGAACUUUUAAUACAUUUUGAACCUUAUUUUUGUGUGAUAAAGUUGAUAAUCUUAGCGACCGAUUUCUGUCAUUUGUCGUUAUCAAUGUCGAGACUAACGACCCUAAUGGCUUGUGAUAAACAUAGAAACAACAAAACUAUGAUAAUAAUAAUUAAAUAAUAAUUGUGAUAAUAUGGGUAGAGA